GUUCCUGAUAUCCCCGCCUGAUUGUCAGACUCGCUGACAAGGGAAAAAGGGCGGCGCAGGUCGGAUCGGCGCUGGAUAGUUUAACUGCAACCAUCUUAGUUUUUUUGAAGGAAAAGUUUGUUUUCUUUUAUCAAACGUUUACACUUGAAAAACCCGUUUUGCAAAACCCUCCACCGAAGAGUGAGUUACUGCUCUUUCUGUUGCAAACAAUAAAAGCGAAGAGCGCUGGAAAAGGAAUUACAUAAACAACAAACCGAACGUGUCGGGUUUAAAAGCCGUGGACUGACAGCGUCGACAGAAGAAAACUGCAGUGUCCAACGAUCGUUUUCAAGUGCUGGCCCGGGGACAUGGCCUCUAAGUUGCUGCACAGGCUGCGCCGUAGCCUCUUCAGGGAAGUGACGCUGCAUCCCCACCUGGGCGGCGCGGAGGACUUCCCCGAGAGCUCGGAGCUGGACGAUGACACCGAGGGACUGUCCUCGCGGUUCAGCGGCACUCUCAGCUUCGAGGGGGAGCCGGAGCCGGAGCCAGAGUCGGAGGGAGAGAACUCGGAGCUGGACAGCGAUUCAGAUGUCCUGGGGGAUUCGGUAGAGAACGGCACAGAGAUCGCGGAGAGCAGCCCAGCCUGCCAACCACCAGCCCACAACAUGCUGACGAAACAGCUGCAGGACAGCUGGAAGAAGAGCCGGACCCAGAGCAUCCCUGAGAGACUGCUGUUCGAGGUGACAGACGCCAGUGUGGUGCAGGAGGGGGCCUCCAAGUAUGUGCUCUACACCGUCCACGUGAUGAAGUCAGGGCAGUUUGAUAAAACCCCGUCGCCGAUCACCCGACGCUACACGGACUUCAACCGCCUGCACAGCCAGCUGAGGGGACUCUACAGGGACGAGAUGCAGGGCAUCACCUUCCCCAGGAAGAAGCUGCGCAGGAACUUUGCCGCGGAGACCAUCGCUAGACGCAGCCGCGCCUUCGAGCAGUACCUAACUCACCUGCACUCGCUGGUGGAGCUGCGCCGGGCCCCGGUAUUCCUGGAGUUCUUCUACCUGGGAGACCUGCAGGCGGGACAGAACCUGCUGAGGGCUGGCCAGUACCAGGAGGCCGUGGGCUGCCUGCUCAACGCCCUGAGCCUGCAGGAGAAGCUGGGCUGUCGGCCGCAGGGCCACUGGAUCUUCACGCUGGCCAUCCUGGUAGCCAGCUUUCAGGAGCUGGAGCAGCCAGAGAAGGCUCAGGAGUACUGCGAGCGGGCUCUCCAGGACCUGAGCUCCCCCUCGCUGGAGCUGCAGCAGCAGCACCCCCUGCUGGUGCCUCUGCUGCAGGCCAUUGUCCGUCUGUCCUGGAAGGUCUCCAAGGAGAAGCGUCAGUGGGAGUCCCAGCUCCAGCAGCUGAGGGACUCUGGGGUGGAUGUGAGCAGCCAGCCCAGCUUGAAGGAGUACCUGGUGAAGGAAAGCCUGGAGGGGAGUGAGGGAGGCAGGCACAAGGGGGACGAUGUGGCUUAAGCCUGAUUCCUACCGCAAUCGCGUGACCAUCACUGAGGGCAGUUUCUCUAGUCUGUUAGUUGUGCGAGUUGUCUGGGAGUCUGGUUGCCGAUAGGAAGGUUGGGGUCACUUCAUUUUUUUUCAAUUCCAAUUCAAUUUUAAAAUCAAUUUCCAAUUCCCAUUCCUUCAGUACAUUCCAAAUCCAGUGGCAAGUUGGAAUUGGAAUUGAUGAGAAAAUGGAAUUGGAAUUGAUCCCCAGUCCUGGUAUCAAAGAAAUCUGGGUUUUCCUUUCAACUGGGGACAAGUAUGUUUAAUAAAGUCUUCACUGUUUUCCAUUGCACGCAAAACUGCACCAACACCACAUGUACAAUUUUUAACAAAACCAUACAGUAUGUUUUUGUUUGAAGCAAAAAAUCUGAACUGAUUAUAGAUCGCAUUAUGGGGUUCAGGAUUGGGAAGCACUAACUGAGUGGAUAAAGGGAACGUUUUUGAGGCAGACUUGCCCAGGAGUAGUCAGGUAUAGCUGAGAAGGUGUGUGGCACUAGUGUCAAGAACUGAGAACUUAACGGUACCGUGGCCUAGUCAUGUGUACAGCGACGGGAUUUGGUGUGGCCUGGUCACUUGAGGAGAACUGAGAUUCAUAUCUGUCCUGUGGUUUUAGAAGACAGAGAGCUUGACACUAAAGACUAUGAGGCAGAAGUUACUAGUUCAAAAAUAAAACUCACUCUCUCUUCGGGAGUCAGGGUUGAGGCAGGGUGCUUUACCUACUUCUAUUGCUGUCUUGCCAAGCUGCUACCCUGCUGCUCCCAAAUAGGGAAACUCAUAUAUUACCAAAGCUUGAGGGAAGUGCUCAGCUGUUGACAUGGCCGCUGUUACACUAAUGCCUUAGAGUUACACCACUUACUGUCACCGUAGAGUGGAGCGUGUUGAGUGUGACACCUACAAGCCUUUGUCACGUCUUAUUAUAGACUGAGGUAUUUUUAAAUAAUGCAGUAAUGCUGCUUCAGGUAUAAUUAGCUGUACACAUGGAUUAUUUGUGGAAUUAGUUAUAUAUAAAUUGCCUGUAAAGUCACCUUUUUAACUGGUCUUUGAAAGUUUAUU